UCACUAAGCUGGGGACAGCUUCAGGACGGACAACGCCGUUAAAGGCCUCGGCACCUGACUCUUUGCAAGUCCAGGACCUUUACGUGAUCGGACGGUUCUGCCUGGUUCCUUCCCCUACAUUCAUGGGACCCUUUCUAGGAGACAGGAAUGUCACACUUGGACAUUACUUUGCUGGGAAAUCGCUUUUUCCUCCUGUCUUUGCUAUGUGGUGUACACUCGGGGACCACUACUGUGGAAGCUGAGUGAGAAGGUCACUGGAAACUUAUGCUGUAGCUCACCCCUGCCCACAGCUGCACAACGUGCCUGGCUAUCCUGGUGGAUUCACUCCAGCAAAUAAAGUUUCGCUUAUUUACCAAGCUACAUCCAGAUCUCAUUAUGCAUCAGAAAAAUGAGAAAACAGAGGAAAAGCCUAUGGAGGAAAGGAAUUCACUUUGCCUUCUCUGAGAAAUGGAAUACAAGAUUUGUAGGGUUUAAGAAAUUCUAUUUUCACCAACACUUGUGCAUUCUGAAAGCUAAGUUAGGAAGGCCAGUUACUUGGAACAGACAGUUGGGGUAUUUCCAGUGUAGAAAAAAGGCUCUUGCAAUUCAAAAAACAUGGAUCCAAGAUGAAACCCUGUGUGCAAAGACUAAGUCCGGUGUGGCUACUCCGAAUGCUAGCACUGUGUCCUCUAAAGUGGAAAGAAAGAAUACUCAGUACUUCAUUUCUUCCUCAAGGGACCUCCUGAGACUCCAUGCAGAGAAGUCACUGUCCUCAGUAAAAAACUCAGACCAUGAAUCCUGCGGAGAGAAGACUCUCUUGAAGGCGGUAGCUGGCUUGCCAGCAAAUAGUGUUUUAGGUCAGGCCAACGGUCACAGACCUAGGACAGCACCACAUGACUUUCCCAUGACGUUCAGUGGGGAGAGCCAGAGUCCAGGAGAGAGUGGCAAGAUUGUGGUCACUUUGAGCAACCAUAAAAGAAAACGCUUUUGUUAUGGCUUCUACCAAGGGCUGGAGUGCCACAGGAAUGGGGGACUCCUGAUUCCAAGAAAAGUCCAACUUAACCAAUAUCGAAGAAUAAAAGUGUCUCCUCUUAUGAUGUAUGAGAAAUUAUCCAUGAUAAGAUUUCAGUAUAGGAUUCUCAGAUCCCAGCACUUCAGAAUAAAAAGCAAAGUUUGUAAGCUAAGAAAAGCCCAGCGAAGCUGGGUCCAGAAAGUCACUGGAGACCAUCAAGAGACCCUUAGGGACAACGUGGAGGGUGGCAGUUGCAGCCCAUUCCCUUCCCCAGCGCCUAGAGACUCCUCUUGUCGGUAUCAGCCGCACAUUCCAGAUAUGGACAGCGAUGUGCUGGCAAAGGGAAAGAACUCUCCGAUGUCCGAUGGCUGUGCUAAUGGGAGCCUUUGCGCGGGCAAGGAGCCUCAUGUAGACAGUGCAUUCUCUGAUCAGCAGAAUGGCGCUGCCACUGACACCUGGGACCAGACACCUUGUUCCCCUCAGUGGGAGUGCGCAGAGCUGACUGCUGAGUGCCCCUUGUCAGAACAUCAUCUAAGCAACAUGUUCCCCUCAGAAACUGAGAGAGACACUGUGGCUCUGAGUCAGGAGAAUGGUACAGGUGCAUUGGGUGACGGCAAGGUAGAGCUGCCUGCACCUGGAGCCAAGGAAGCCGGGAGCAGCGUGGAUGGGCCUGUUUCCCAUCAUGCUGCCGAGCCAGACAACUGUGAGAUGGAGGAGGAGGGGCCACUCAAGCAGAACAUCCUCAGCUCCAAGCUUCUGGACCACCCAUACUGUAAGAGUCCACUUGAAGCGCCUCUGGUGUGCAGUGAGCUCAAGCUAGAGAGUCCCUUUCGAAGUGGCAAGAAUAGUCAGAAGGUGGUGCCCGUGGAUGACGAGCAGCUGUCCAUCUGCCUUUCUGGAUUCCUAGAUGAAGUUAUGAAAAAGUAUGGCAGUUUGGUCCCACUCAGUGAAAAAGAUGUUCUUGCAAGAUUAAAAGAUGUCUUUAAUGAAGAUUUUUCUAAUAGAAAACCAUUUAUUAAUAGGGAAAUAACAAACUAUCGGGCCAGACAUCAAAAAUGUAAUUUCCGCAUCUUCUACAAUAAGCACAUGCUGGAUAUGGAUGAUCUGGCCACCCUGGAUGGUCAGAACUGGCUGAAUGACCAGGUUAUUAAUAUGUAUGGCGAGCUGAUAAUGGAUGCAGUCCCAGAUAAAGUUCACUUCUUCAACAGCUUUUUUCAUAGACAGCUGGUAACCAAAGGAUAUAAUGGAGUUAAGAGAUGGACUAAAAAGGUGGAUUUGUUUAAAAAGAGUCUUCUGUUGAUUCCUAUUCACCUGGAAGUCCACUGGUCUCUCAUUACAGUGACACUCUCUAAUCGAAUUAUUUCAUUUUAUGAUUCACAAGGCAUUCAUUUUAAGUUUUGUGUAGAAAAUAUAAGAAAGUAUUUGCUGACUGAAGCCAGAGAAAAAAACAGACCAGAAUUCCUUCAGGGUUGGCAGACUGCUGUUACGAAGUGUAUUCCACAACAGAAAAAUGACAGUGACUGUGGAGUCUUUGUGCUCCAGUACUGCAAGUGCCUCGCCUUGGAGCAGCCUUUCCAGUUUUCACAAGAAGACAUGCCACGCGUGCGCAAGCGGAUCUACAAGGAGCUGUGUGAGUGCCGGCUCCUGGACUGAAGGUGGCGAGGACUUGCAAAGUCUGACCAAGUUGGAGCAGAUGGUUUGUUACUUGAAUCUCCACUUAUUUGGAUUUUUACAGAUAUUUCAAAUCAGUGGUAUUGGGCCACUAUUGUUACCUCAAAUUUAUUUUUGCCCUUAUUCGUUUCCCCAGCUACCAUUUCUUUUUUAAUGUUCACUUUGGUUUCAUUUUUAAUUUUGUGGAUUCCGCGUGUCCCUCCCAUAUUUAAUAUUUAUUAUCCAAACGCAUGCAUAUAGACAGAGCAUGCAGUGAAGAGUAUUAAAAAAAAAAGCCUAGUAGAUUUGGUGCAACUUUUGAAACUUAGUUAGACGUGAACUGAAUACAGGUUUAAAUUUUAAUUCCAGAACCUAAAGAUACAAGAUGUUUUUGAUACAGCAUAACUCAGAGUAGUAGGUGCUUCUUGGGGGAUAAGGGGUAGUGAGGAGUGGUCCUGACAGAGCCAGUCCUGUUUACUUUGCCAGUCGCACCUCUGGCUGACUUCCCUUGGCGGGGCGGGGCCAUAGCUGUGAAUGGGAGGCUGUCGGCUCACAGAGGCUCCUGGAAGCACAGUGCCUGCUUCGAGGAGAGUCAGAGUUUGAGCAGAAAGCAGUGUCCUGGGUGCCAGUUAGCUUAAAUGAGAUUUUAGACUUGGUCUUGGGAAUUACAGUCUAUGGCCUAAAGCUCACAAAGGCCUUUGCUGGGACAUUGAAUUCCCUGGAUAUUUGUUUCUGGCUUGUAAAAAAAAUUUAGCCUUCAAACUAGUAGUCCAGUGAGAAGUCAGCCUUUCUGGAAGUAAUUUACAAGUUGUCACUUCCCUUAUGUGGCCUUCCACGUGAAAGAAUUUAAAGUUUACCAACUACAUUUCUGUCUGAAUUAUAUUCACAACUGUAGUCUGACCAAGUCUUUUGCAGGUGGGCAGAGAGAAAGGGAGGUAACAGUCAGUUUGGUUCUCUGGAAGAGAUCCUAGAAAUGUCUCCCUCCCUCUCUUUUUAGUAACCUCAGCAACAUGCAAGGCUUGUGUGGCUUCUGCCCACCCAGUCCUAACAUUCCAGGCGCAGGAGUUGCUUUUUCCUUUCUAACAAAAUUUGUCUUAUGGACACAUCCUAAAGUGGCCUUAAAGUGGCCCAUCCCUAUACUUAGCUGCAUUAUGAUGAAAGCAGUGGAUCUUCUACCUGUAAUCUGGCCUUUUGUGACAUUUAAAAGGAAAGGAAAUACAAAAAGAUUAAUAAUAAAUUUACCCAAUUAUCUUUUCUGAUCUUGGGGAGUAAAAUGUGUAUGUAAGAAAUUGAGAGGCUUACAGAAAAAAACAAGCAAAUGGCAAAAGACAUUUGAACUUAUUACUGGGUAGGUUUGGAGUGCUGAAAAAAACAAAAGUCUAACUUGGUCACAGGUCUGGCUGAGUGAGGCAGGGCUACCUGCCCCCAGCUGAGGGUUGAGUCUGAUCACAUUUAUGUGCAGGGCUCUUGGCAUCAGCAGCACAGCCGAGCCCUUCCACUCCUGAGGCCUCUAAACUCACUCCUUAGCAGAAGGCCAGGCCAGUAUUUCUUAUUGUGCGUCAGGUCAUUAAAAACAUGGGAGCAGAGGCAUUUUAUGCUGCUACAGGUAAGAUUGUGUCACUGUUAGGACAGAGGAUAAGUCAGAAUGGGGAAAAAUGUCUUCUUAAAAGUUUUUAGACAUAAUUAUGCAGAUAUGAUUGUUCAAAAUUUAUAUGCAAGACAUUUGCCUUUUCUUAGAAUACCUGUAUCAAAGUAGCCUGUAUUGAGGCUAUUGAUUGAAAAUGUCUUUUCCUUCAGAGUGAGGAAGUUAUGUACUACUUCCUGGGUCAGACCCGUCAUUAGAGGGAAGGACUGUUUCUGCAAUUUUUUUUUUUGGUGGUGGUGGUGGUAUUGGGGAUUGAACCCAGGACUCCCAAGAACCAGGCAAAUGCUCUACAGUUGAGCCAUGUCUCCCACUCUCCUGAAGAAACCCUAAUGCUCAGAGCUUGGGCUGCCAUCUUUUAACCUGAGAACUGGGCCUCAUGCUACACUGAGGCACAGGGAUGAGCUUAGAGACCUCCAGUGAGCUAAGUCCAACUACUCAUGUCCAGCUGUAAUGGCGCACCUUGGGGGUUCCACGCAGUGUGGUUAGCCUAAAAGGUGGCUAUUCAGUUUUCUUUAAAAAAAUUUUGUCAUUCAUGAAACAUUCUUGGUUUCGGCACACAUAGUUGCCUUUCCCUUUCUCCUUGUUAUUAGGCAUAAACCUUUGUUUAGCUCAAGUCCUAAAUUAGAAAGUCUCCUCAGGAUGUUUGCAGCAAUUGCUUCCUUGUAACAAAGGAUCCCCCACCCCCCUUUUUUUUUCCUUUUUUUGGUACCUGGGAUCAAACUUGGGACCUCGUGCUUACAAGGCAGGUACCACUGAGCUAAAUCACCGGCGCAGCAUUUUUGAAAUAUACUCUGGGCGGUUGGUGAGAGAGAAGUGAAGCACUGCUGUCCUGUCAGCAGCCUGGCCCUGAAUGAACUAUGGGUGCACACAAGGGAGGCAGACUGUGUGCCUGUGGGGUCAAGCAGGACGCACCGCACAGACGUGGAGCUGUUUGUGGCGCCUUUAACAAGCUGCCCAGGCCUCUCCCUGACAGUCUUAGCAGGCUGUCACUGCUGCUUUCCAGGGGGCUUUCCUUUUGUUAAAUCUAUAGGAUUGAAUGUAGAUUAAUUCAUCUUUUAGUUUCCUCAAUAAUAGAGAAUCAACUUUCAGUUAGCCUCUUUAAGGAAGGGAAAAGAAUAAGCUGCUGCCGUAAUCCCAUCACAUUUUCAGCUUGGCAUUAUAUUUUCUACUUACCAUUGAGUAGGAGUAACAUGGUCAUUUUGAAUUUAUAGCUGGAACAAAAUAACACACCUAACUGGGACACAGCCAGCACUUGUCUAAUUUGAGAUCCCUUCUUCUGUACAGUUGAGGUUCACUGCUUCCCUGGAUUAGGAGUGAUUGAGGCAUCUGGGUGUCAUGACCCUUGAGGCAAGAAACGAUGAAUUAAUAGUAUGAAUGACAAAAACCAGUUGCCUGCUUCAUGUAAUCAUGUCAAAAACCAUGUUAAUCAGCUGUCAUAAAGCACAUACUUCGUUAUGUGUUGGGCACUGCCUCCUGGCCGGUAGCGGGAAUACCAUUGAGAAGUGCUAAUUGUAUUUGGGUAUUACAAAAACAGACCUAGACAAGUUGUUCACUUAAAUGGUACUUGUUGGUCAGAAAAAUAAUUUAUUUAAAGAUUAUUGAUCAUGUAAAAUUACAGUACUCAACCCUUCUAGCAAAGUAUUUUUUUGAAGAAUAAACUA